CUCCGGGUGAGUAGUUUAGGGGAGUUAACUGUUUGUUUACAUUGUGUUGCUACGAUCCUGACGCGGAAGUAUUGAAACACUACGCUGUUGCUCUAUGAUGUGGAAUAGGCUACUGCUAUAAUACAUCUACACAGGAUCAUCAUCACGAUUUUUGCUAAAAUGCCGCCAAAGACGAAAGGAAAACCUGCUGCUACGAAAGGACUUCCAAAACCAAAAAGUGCUACGAAUAAAAUGCAAGCUGGUUCGGAAAAACAGGCAACUACGGACAACAACGAUUUUCUGGGCCAAACAUUUGAGCAAGAAAAUAAAAGAUGUACUGUUUUCAUAGAAAAACUGAUCGAAAGAUUGACAUACUUUGGAGAGGAUGACAAGACGUUACAUGAUGCAUUUACAAACAAUAUAGAUUUACCGCCACCAAAGCUCAAGAAGGCAGCAGCAACUGGAUCACAACCUGAGAACGUGGACGAAUCAAGCAGGCUGACAAAAGAACUUGGGGCACUCCAAAAGAAACUGGAGGACAAGGACAAAGAAAUUACAGAUCUAAAGGAGGAAAAGCAGUCUCUGGAGUCAAAAUUCGCACAAUGCGAAAAAGAAAAAGAAUACUUAGGAAACAGAAACAAGGAAUUAGACAUGCAGGUGCAAAAAUACAAACACAAAUCGGAAAAGCAGAAAACUUACGCAAAUAAUCCGUCUGUACAGCCACGCAGUCCAAAACAUGUGCCCCCAACCGACAGCGAAAACGACAUCGACACUCUUAAGACAAAUCUGCAAAGGCACCAAUAUGAACUAAAGAAAUUAAGGGAGGACAAGGACAAAGAAAUUACAGAUCUAAAGGAGGAAAAUCAGUCUCUGGAGUCGAAAUUGGAGAAGAAAAUCGAGGAAGAACAACUGCAGAGAGAGAAAUCAGAUGUCACAAAGGACUACGAGAAGCAGAGAGAGGCAUUCAAAACGCUUCAAGAAGAAAAUGCAGAACUGAAAGCAGAAAUUGAGAAGAAAACAAAAGACGCGGAAAAAUUGCAAACAGAGACUUCAGAUCUAAACAAAGGAAGAGGAAAAAGAGUAGAACAAUUGCAGAGAGAGAAGUCAGAUCUUACAAAGGACAACGAGAAGCUGAAAGAAACAUUGAAAACGCUUAAUCAAGAAAAUGCAGAACAGAAAGCAGAACUUGAGAAGACAACCAAAGCCGUAGAGAAAUUGCAGAGAGAAAAAUCAAGUCUCACAAAUGAAAAAGAGAAGCACAGAGAGAAAAUACCAGAACUUCAGAGAGAAAACAAAGAUCUACAUGCAGACAAUGAGAAGAAAAGAAAAGAAAUAGAACAAUUACAAAAGGAUAAAUCAGAUCACACAAGGGACAGUCAGGGAAAGAAGAAAGGAGGAGGAAAGGGGGAAAAAACGUCCUCGGCGGAUACGAUUUCAAAGCUUCAUGAUGAAAUUGAUGGUCUGCGAAACAGGUUGAGUAAAAUGGCAGGUGCACAGCUAACUGACAACAAUCCUGCAAUCGCAGACCUCAGCGAUCCAAACCGUCCCUUGAGUCUCGGAGAAAAGUUUUCCGAGUUGUAUGAUAACGAAUGGACGGACGCAAUGGAGGAGAUGGCAGAUAGAAUAUCAGAUGAGACAAAAGUAAUAAAACUACUACUGGAUAUUGUGUGUGAUGCCUACAAGUUUUGCUUAGACAAAUCAGAUACAUUCAUGGAUAAGAUAAACAACACUCUUAGUGGAUUCUCUGAGGAGUUCAGCUCAUCGGAGACGAUGCCAAAGGAAAUUGCCAAAACCAACAAAGACUACCGGAAAAGUUUGGCAGUAUAUGUCGUCAGCUUCCUACAACAGGAUUUUGCGAAAGAGGCGAAGGCAAAAGCAGACACCAAGGUAGGAACAAAGACGGAAGCGUACAUGAAGAGGUGCGUGUUCGUGUGCUGGUUCAUGACCGUACAGGACCCCAAGGUUUGUAUCACAAUGAAGCCAUCAGAAAUGUUCGACGAGGAUCUGUAUAAACCCUACACAAAGAAAGGCAAGCGUCUGGACUAUGUAGUAUGGCCAGUCUUGCGUCUUCACGAAGGAGGGCCUACAAUUGGCAAGGGCGUGGCCCAAGGCAAACCAUGAUGCAGCAACGUUGGUUGUGCUAUAAAAACUUGCUGAUAAACAUUUGACAAGGAUGUCUGAACAAUAACAACUUCAAAGCGUUCAUAGUGUACUAAAAUAUUCUAGGUUGUGAUUAUCCAUUUUUUAUGUUUUAUUAUACAUUUGUCUUUAAAGAUUUUACAGUGGUCGAUAUUAUCCAUUAGCAUCCGAAAAAAUGACUUCUUAAAACAUAUAUAAGCAAACAGGGGUGAGAAAUUGUGUUCCGAACGUAGUAAUUUCUGCACGAUUUCUCACCCGGGUGAUAAUUCGUGUCGCGGUGUGAAAUCGUGCCGUAACACCUUUACGUUUUUAUGAAAAAUUAUUUUCACUUUAUACUAUUAUGAAACAGAACAGUACAAUGAUGUCAAACCGAUAAUGGCUUAGUUAUAUUUCAGUCAAUUACAAUUAUGUUGUAACAUUUUUGUUUGGGAAAAAAAAUGAAACUAAUUUGAACGAUAAUGUCGAUCAUGUUGAUAUAGCAUAAACUUGUGUGAAUAAACCAGAUGGUAUGAA